CUUGCAUUUGGAUCACUCACAUCUUUGAAAGUUGGCACGCGCCUGCCUGGUAGCCCUCGUACGACGUAUGCCUGGCCUCUCAGAAGAGGAUAUUCUGGGACUGUGGCGCCUACGAUCUUUGCUUCAUGAGCUCAAGAGCAGCCUAUUCGAAGCUCUAUCACGUGGAGAGAAGUGCGUGCUGAAAUUAGUGGUGGGUUCUUCCGAAGUUUCAGCUAUUGAUGCUGCAUGCUCAUCGAUUGUGCGGGCCUGUCAUGAGCACCUGAAGAUUUGCAAGCUUGAACGAGAAGGGCUGAAAGAUUUGCCGAUGCAUUUGUCACCAGUCAUGCCCAUGACGGCUGAACAAUUCGAUGGAUCUGAACUGAAACUGUUCUUGAGCAAGCUUGGCUUAGGCUAUGAUGUACUUCUUUUCUUGGAUUCAAUCGAGGAGGUUAUGCACCUUUCAGCCGAAAGUCAGAUGGACCCAGACUUUGCAGCCCGCAUCGACCUCGUUCAGGCCAGGACUGCAUGA